AGCACGUUUAAUUGCCGCUAGUGUUGGGUUUGUAUUCGGAGCGCACGCCAGCCGCGUCGCGCCAAAACAAAAUCAGACAAAAAUCAAGAGCCGAUUGUCUACGAAGCUCGCUUGGUAGAGAGACGCGGAUUAUUUGCUUUUUGUGUUUCGGUUUUUUCAUGAUCCACUGCUGUUGGAGUGAACGGGCUUCCCACAUUAACUAACGCGCCUCCCGCUGUGUGCGCGUGCUUUUGCUCUUUGAUUUUCACGGAGAGUACGCGGAGCGCUUCCCGGCUAGCUCCCUCCUCUCAUCAUUUCAAUCUAUUCAAAUUAUCGUGCGUCACGGUCCCGAUGAUGGUGCCUCCGGUGGUAGGGGUGCAGCAUGACCAAACCACGUCCACGACGAUCGCUGCAGAGGUCGGUGGCCCCACCACCUCCACUUCUACAACAGCCGCACCAGCGACGUGGACGAUGGACGCAGCGAUGAUGUGGGUGGUGGCCGCCUUCUACCUCGCCGUGAUGGCAACUGCAGCGACCUACUUUGUGAAGCGGUGGCGCCGGCGUGCCUACGGCCCUGGCUCGGCUGCCGGUGCUCGCAGCGGCACGGGUGGGCGGGAGGAGCGAGCGGCCCUGACCGGCGGUGGUAGUGGUGGUGCGGGCUCCGACGGCGCAGGCGGAGAGGCCGGCUUUCUCGCUACGAUAGGGUCGAUUAUUGACCGCGUCAUGAACCGUGCCGCGCUGGACGGCGCCGCCGCCUUCAAGGGCAGUGGCCGCCACCGCAGCAGCAGCCCGGGCCACCGGUACAAACCCGGUGCAGGCCACGCCUUGUUGCGUAGGAUCGCUCCCUUUCUGCCCGGUGCACAAGGGCGAGCGGCCGCGGCGAGGCGGAAUAAGGAAAAGGAUGAAGCGGCAGAGGAGGCGGUGGAGGUGGAGGCGGGCAACGCUGGUGGGGGUGUGCGGUCGGAUGCGAGUCCCACACGGAACGUCGCGGCCGUUGCUUCUCCUCUUAACGGUGGUGUGGGCGAGGGGGGCCCUGUGCCGCCGGGCGGGAUGCCCGCCACGAUGACCGCACGAGAUCUAGGACACUAG